UCUCUACUCAGAUUUCAUGAAUGCAGUUAAGGGGAGAAAUCCAUCGUGGGGUUGGAGGACUGUUCUGGUUGGACGAGAAGCAAUCAAACUGGGGCUAAGAUGGAACAUCACAGGUCCAACAUUUGUCAAUGGAUGGAUAGAGCCUUGGAAUCCUACUCUUCCAGGCUUUAAGGUCAGUAGUCAGCGUCCUAGUGAUAGCCCUAUUAUUUACAUUGCUGGCUUAAUUAAUCCUACCACAAAGAAUUGGGAUCUCCCCACUUUGUAUGCAUCCUUCUCUCUAGCAGAAUGUCAUGAGAUUAUGAAGAUUCCUCUUGCAAAUUCAUUCAGAGAGCCUAACAGAGUUUGGCAUUUCUCAAAAGGUGGGGAAAUUUCAGUGAAGUCGGUGUAUUAUCAGUUGAAAGUUCACCAAGCUCGUUCCUUGCAUUUUCCUCUCACUUCAUCAUUUUAGGCUGUCCCUCAAUCAUUUUGGAAUAAGUUAUGGUCCCUUAAAGUGCCACCAAAGAUUAGGACUUUCAUGUGGAGAGCAUGCCAUAACUCACUUUCAACUAAAGCAAAUUUAUUUCAAAGAGCUUGCUCCAAUUCUUCAACCUGCCCUCUAUGUGAUUGCCCGGAAGAAUCUUUAGAGCAUCUCCUCUUAUUUUGUAGUCAUGCAAAGGCUACCAGGUUUGGAUCGAUAUUGGGAUUCCAUCCUAAUAGUAAUGAUUUUGGAUCUUUUAGAGACUGGUUUCACCACCUCAUGGAUUUUUUCUCUCAACCAGUUCAGCGGACCAUCAAGCAUGUUUGCUUUAUAUGUUGGAGUAUCUGGAAAGCUAGAAACGCAGCCAUUUUUCAGUCAUCCAAUCCAAACCCAUUGCAAACUUUUAAACAAGCACAGAAUGCCCUUGAAGAGAUGCAAAUUAUAACGUCUUCGCCAAUUCUUUCUUUGUCUACUUAUCAAGCUCAAUUCAGUGAUAGGAUGAGGUCUUGGUCCCCUCCGGCUAUUGAUCAUGUUAAGCUUAAUACUGAUGCAUCUUUUGAGCAUAAGAAUGCUAUUGCAGGUUUUGGUUUAGUGAUGCGAAAUGCUACAGGUUAUCUUAUUGAUGGGUGUGCUAUUUCCUUUCCUUACUCUUCUCCUCUAACAGCUGAAGGAUUUGCAGUUAGAGCAGCUCUACAUUUUGCCAUAAGUCGAGGCUUGUCUUCCUGCACUUUGGAAUCUAACUCUCUGCAGAUCAUUAAGUUAUCUUCUUCUCCUUCCCUAUCAGUUCCUUGGGAAGUUUAAGCCAUUAUUCAUGAUAUUAGACUAACUUUGUUAAACUAUCCUGGUUUUCUUCUUUGUUAUGUUCCUAGAUCAGCUAACAGGUGCGCAAAUUGGGUGGCAAAUGCUGUUAGGGAAGGUGUUCUUAGUCCUGGUUGGAUUUCCUAUCCCCACCCUCAAAUUGCACCUAACCUCACUCAAAUCGUCUCGAAUUACAUUAUUAUAAUCUGUCUUCUAAAUCAUUUUAAAUUGAGGUUUGAACUGAAA